AUGAAGGUAGCAGCGAUAAAGGAGACAUCAUCAUGUGUCAUAUACUCGUUGUAUAAGUAUUGUAAACCGGGUAAGCUGUGGCAUGUGGCUCAUGACGAAAAACUGUCUACGUUUAGAUGUUCUUGUCAGCGGAUGGAGACUUUUGGGCUUCCCUGUGAUCACAUAAUUGGUCUGCUGGUGUAUCUUGACAUUGACGUCAUACCAGAUUCUCUAUUAUUGCCAAGGUGGAGUAAGGCAGCAAAGGAAUGUAUGAAAGGGAACGGUGAAUCGGCCUUAAAAUUCUGGGAGUCAACAGUUUUGGCUAGGUUGGGUUCCUUGGUCAUGAGAAGCAGGGAAAUGUUUAACUUGGGCUGUGAAUCUAUGGAGGACUAUUUGGAUACGGUGGACGUAAUGGCGAAGCAUGUAGAGAAACUGAAGGCAAAAAAGAUUGCUGCCAACGGAGCAUGCGAUGAUAACGGUGACACCCCAAAUGAUGCGUUUAACAAUGUAAAAAAUCCUAAUGUUAUUAGGAACAAAGGAGGUGGUGGAACCCCGGGUGGGAGUGGAAACAAGGCCAAAAGAAAGUGCACUGUUUGUAAGAUGGAAGGGCACAACAAAACUACCUGCAACCAGAACAAACGCCAGAAACAAUCUACAAUGGCCAGGCCCAUUUGA